AUGUUAUCUCUGACAUUAACAGCAGAGUUGCAAGGUGUAACAGACCUUCGCCCUGAUGACACCGAAGAAGAUCCUUACUACUACACUUUCAAGGUGCAAUGUACCUCAUGUCGGGAAACACAUGCAAAUUGGGUAAACGUGAGCCGUUUUGAGUCCAAUGAGCUCUCAGGUAGCAGAGGCGAAGCAAACUUUGUUUGGAAAUGCAGAAAUUGCAAGAGAGAAGCCUCUGCAACCAUCAAAGCCGCUCCUGCCUCUUACCAGUAUAACUCGCCCCCGACUCGGCAAAAGGUAAUCGAGUUUGACUGCCGCGGCCUUGAGUUCACUGAUUUCAAGCCAGAUGGCGAAUGGGUUGCACAAGGGUUAGACUCAGGCACCAAGUUUGCUGGUAUCGACCUUUCUGAAGGCGAAUGGUUCGAUUACGAUGAAAAAGCAGGAGAAGAAGUUAGCAUUCAGGAGUUGAAGUGGGAGAUUCGGCGAGCAUAA